CAAGUUCUAUCACAGCCGCAGUGCUGUUGCGCCAACCUUCUAUGCCAUGGGGGCACCAGCCGCCAACAGGACGCUGCCUCGCGGGAUGCGGCUGCGAAGACCAAGGCGGCAUUUGUGGUGCCCUGGCGGAGGCCUCGACCGUGAUCACGAAGCACAUUCUAUCGUCAAGCACAAUCGAAGGCGUCGACUGCCGCGAGCCUGGCGCAUGGCUGUCGGAGCAACGGCAAGCCCUACGAUUUCGCCAGGACGGGCCAUGCUUGCUGCAGGCCAUCGUGGCGGCGGUUCUAUGUGCGACGCGGGCAGUGCAGAUCGGCGAGCCAGACACUGCGAGGCAGUACACCCACGAAGCGAUGCAUUUGAGCCUUUUCGAUGGUUGCUUGGGUCCAGGCAGUCCUGCUGUGGACCUUGUGCGGACACUGCCUGGGCUUGCCCACGCAGGCCUGGGGCCACGGGCUUGCGAUGCGGAGAUGCUUGCGCACGAUGCGGACUUCUCUCGGCGCUGGGCGCAAGACAUCGUCGGCGGCAGCGCUGGCGGGCCCGCCCCGCCGUGCGUGGCCUGCCUGUUCCAUGCAGUCCUCCCGCAGGAGCUGCAGCAGCUGCGGGCCAUGGGGCGGACGUUCGCGAGGCACUGCUGCUGGUCGGAGGCGUACGUGGCGGCCGAGGCAACGGUGGAGGACAGGGGAGGAGACCCGUACGACUUGGAUGAAGUAGCGGGCGUCAGGGUCGUGAAUUUACGGCGAAUGUUCCCCGACUUGGUCCCGGAUGGGGAGUUCGCCGGUGGUUGGGGCAACCAGUCGCAAACCCUCGACAAGACAUUUUUCGGAAACACAAUUCAGAAGGACUUGUACAUGUGGCUCUUUACUGCCGCAGUGCGCAUGGAGCAGGCGGAUGUGUUUUGUCGUUUUGAUUUGGAUUCUGUCUUCAUCAUCGAAAAUCUGAUUGCCUACCUGAUGGCUCACACAAUCUCGAGGAGCGAUGUCUUUUAUCUGGGCCUUCCGCUCGAGCGUGGGAGGGACACCUUCGGCGAGCACCCGGACGGCGCUGCGGGGAUCUGCCUGACCCAGGAGGCGCUCCGCGUGCUGGCGGACUACCUGCAGCUCCGAGUACGGGACCGCCAGACGAACCGAGAUCCGGAGCGAGACCUGGAGCUGGCCAGGAUGGCACGGGAGGAUGCGUUCCCCGCCGAGUUCCUUUACUCUGCCUCUUGCGACUUCUUCCUGGGCCACUGGGACGACGUCGUCCUGGGCUCCUGCUUCCGGAGGCUCGGGAUCACCUGCCACGGGGGCUGCCGCGACCGCUUCGGCCGGGCGCUGUUCUCAGGCGGGACGCUGCCAGUCCCGUUGCACAACCCGCAUCGCCCCCCUGCCAACAGGUCGUACUCCGCGAGGCCAGAGGCCUAUUCAGAAUGCUUUCCGUUCACCGCCCGCCCUUCUAGUGUCUAG